CACCCGAGCUGCAGAUCGUCGUCAUUUGGAUUUUGACGUUCCAGUCGAUCGGUUGUCCGCUGAUUGCUGGCUGCUAUCCUCGUCGGGAGACCCGCACCUAACGACCAUUAUCAUCAACAGACAACCACGGCCGCCGCCCAGAGGUGAUACUUUACAAGUUUUAUAUAAUAGACGUGAAGAAUUUAACAAAAAUGGUCGUCAUCGUGUCGAGAAGAUAUAGAAGACACAGAUAUCAUAAAACAAAGCCGCAAAAUCCUAGAAAAACUUCAAAAACUGAUAAAGCACUUGACAAAGAAAUGAUGGAAUUGCUCGAAAGUAUCGGAAAGUUCGGAAAUUUCGGAAAUGUCAGAAAUGAAAAUCCAAAUGCUGUAGGGCGAGCUCUCGAUUGGAUAUGCGAGAAAGUUGAUUGUGCAUUGUGUGGAUCAUUUAUGGUUGAGAUGUCAAAGGAUGCUUGCUGUCAAAGAUGUUUUGAAAUGUGGGUGUUUUUGGAUGAUGGUAGAAAAUGUCCUUUUUGUGGAGUACCGCUUAAAGACAUGCUGAACAGGAGACAAGUGGAUAAACUUUGCAGUCUUGUAAAGUUAAAAACGAAAAAAUUGACUGAUGCCGGGCACUUCACUGAAGACCUCGUUAGAUAUCGAGCUGAGGAGAUUAAUAUGAACAUUCCAAAUUAAUACACAUUCACUAAAACUUACAAAUUUCAUAUUUCAUAAAUGCAGAAUCACAAAUAGUUAAAUCAUCAUAAUUAACCUAAAGCUUAAAUUUUUUAAACAAAGAAAUAUUUACCUACUAAAAUGCUAAGAAGAUAAAUAUAUUGAUGAAAAGAAGUUUUUGUGCACAAUAAUUGUAGAUGUUAAAAUGUGACUGUUUGAAUAUGAAUACAUUUCCUACAUCUUUAGACUGUGUAGUUACUUUUUAAUAAUAUUUUUAAACACUUUUUAUUAAGCAACUUAUAAAGUUUUUAAUUUAUAUUGACAGUUAAUUGUAAUUUUUAGUACAAAAUAAUUUAGUUUAUAGUACAAAUUAUUCUAUUAUUUAUUUAUUAAUAAGGAAAAUUAAAGUAAAUCAGACUUAGUAGUUUAAAUAGAAUGCCAGGAUUUCUGAAUUACUGAUGCUCAUAUAUACACAAAUAUCAGCUUUUAAAUACUUACUGGAAAAAUUUCUUCCAGAAAUUCAAUACAUUUAUAUUUUAAAUAACUGUAUAAAU